UGAAUUAUGGCAAUUUGGCGUCCUUAACACUAAGCCAGACGUGCUUGUUGUAUCAAAUGGGAAUUAUAUCGACGUAAAAAAUCAUUACCAUAGAGAGCAUCGAAUUUAUACUUUAAUGAAAUGGAUAUUACGAGUGCAUAGACGUGAUCCUUAUCGAAGCGUUCCUCUCGUCAUGGUUGACGCUGGUUCGAACCAUGGGUUAUUCUCCCUCGUGGCUGGCUCAAGCGGUGCCCAUGUCAUUGCAUUUGAACCUCAAACGCACUUGCAAAGCAUUAUCAACAUGGCCGGACGACUCAACCAAUUAUCCCAUCGGCUGCGUAUUCUACCCUUUGCAGUUUUAGAUCAAUUUAAAAAACUCGGAAUGACCAAGUUUGAGAUAAAUGAUGGAGGUAUCGGUUCCCUUGACUACAACUCUCCUAAUGCGGCCAUAGUCACACAUACGAUUAGGUUGGACAGUCUACCGAUCUAUGAUCGUUUAUUUAGCAACGAUCGCUCAGCAGAUAAAUCCUUGGUUGAACUGGAAGAGUUAGGUAACGACUAUGCCAAUAUGAUCCAAACACGUUUGGAUAAACAAGUGCAGUCCAUGAAUGAAACCUUUUUGUUUCGUCAGCCCAUUCAUUUUCUCAAAAUUGAUGUCGAAGGAUUUGAGGUACCUGCUCUCAAAUCAGCAGCCGGAUUAUUCGAGCAAGGUUUAGUUGAAAAUACUAUAUUAGAGUUUGGCCCACCUAGUCGCUGGGAUGUCACAGUUGAAGGCUACCAAAGAAUGGAUCUUCGACAGGUGCGCGAGAGAACGACCAGGGACGCAAAGGCGUUAUUACACAAGGUUGUGACCGAUUGGAAGCUGGAUAUUCAUCUGCUACCUGCUGAAGUGAUGGUGAUCCAACCAAAAAUAAGGUUGUACGUAAACUCAUGGCUUGGGAAUUUGAUGACUUACCCAGAGAUGAAGAUGAAUUUGAGAAAGAGCUUGACGCAAAGAAGAACUUGGUAACAGAGUUUAUUGAUUUACCCGAGCACUUGAUUGAUAAGUAUUUGGAUGACUCGCAAUCAAUUGGAGAAAUGUAUUUAUGGUUCAC